AUGGCUCCCACCAAGCACUUUUCUAGUACAGCACCUCAUGCACCAAAGCGUCCACGACUCCUAAGACUACCUGAAGAAGAUGGAGAGACCGAUAAGUCUGAGAUGUUUUACCGACCAUUGACUACAGUGCCAGCCCGCACUCAGAGUAGUCAAUCGACCAUCGCCACCCAAAUAACUUGGAAAGGUCUUCUCGGUUCUUCUGAAACCCCCAGUGGGAGGAACAGUCCUUGGGGGGUAGAAUUUCAUCUCCUCAAGGAUCAUACUGAUAAUUUUGAAGCGCAGGAGAAGCCUGAGGCAAUUCAGGUGCCUGAGAUGGAAGAAAUAGUUGAUACUAGCCAAUCAGACCAUGAUGAUGCUCCGGAGAACGAUAACAAGAGCUCUGAAGAGGAUAAGGAUGAACCAGAGAAUGAACCUCAAGCCCCCUCCCCUUCUUCCACUCAGAGGUCUCAGACUGUCGGAAAGUGA